ACAAAAGUUAUUAAAUUGUGAGAAAUAAAUUUGUUGUUGUUUUGUCAGUAUUUUUUUAUAGUGCAAGUUGUUUUGUUUUUUAUUCAUUUUAAUUACGAUUGAAUUGUUUUUUCUAUUUUCUUGUGACUAUUUAUUUAUUACAGUAUUGCAGUAUUUAAAAUCAUCUCGAAUCAAACCAGAUUGGUGUUUAAACUAAAUUUCUGCUGAAGCCUGACAAAUUUUGGUUUGGGUUGUGUUACAUAUUUUAUUGUUUCUCAUAUACAUCCCAUGUUUUACAAUUGUCACUUUAUCUAAUCCAUUCACCAUUAAUUCAUCAAUUUCUUCAUUAAUCUCUCCAUCAGGAGGGAGUUUGUCUAUGAAUGAUACUACAAAUGGUAACUGGAGUACGAUACAUUCUGGUAAUAGUUCAAUUGUUAACAACCCAGUCAAUUCUUCAGUUAACUUGAGUAAUGUUACAUCAAGCUUAUUGGUGAAGAAUAAUUCAAACUAUCACCUAAUGUUGAAUUCUACUGUUUUACCGACCUCUCAAGCUAUCAAUACUUCUCUGGCCUCUCAUUCAGCAAAUAUUUCUGUCACAGAGCCACUUAAUUUGACCCCAUUGUCUGAUAGGCUUAAUACUACUCUCCCUUCAGUGGUUAACCGUGUUGUCAACAAAACCUUGGCUAAUUUUACGACUCAGCUUGCUCCAAAAGCUGAUAAAAGUCCAUUGGUCACAACUGUUCCCUCAAUUCAAGCUGGAAAAAAUCUUACUAAUUACGCAAACUUAACCUCUAGCUUAGCUAUGGAGCAACCUGAUCUCGAAAGCUCCACCAGUGGUUUAUCAGUGAUCUUUAUUGGCUUGUUUUCUAUCAUCGUAUGUGCGGCAAUAAUAUUCUUAAUAGUCAUUUUAGUUCGAAAGAACAGGUUAGAUAAAUUAAGACACCACUUAAUGCCAGUUUAUAACUUUGAUCCAUCUGAAGACGGUGAAGACUGGGAAACUGAACUUUUGGAGGAACCAUUUGGAUCUCAAAGUUAUGGAAACGACAACAAGAUGAAUUCAAUAAAAUUAGAUUCUGGACUCACUGGAGGACUUAAUUUAAAAGGCAACAAUUACUCUAAUGGAAGCUCAGGAAGUAAAAGUCGUCCAACGGCUGCAUCAGGUCUUCUCUCAGAUAAUAAUAAUGGCAAUCAUUCAUCUCGCUAUCUUUACACUAAUGAAAAGCCAGUUGUUUGAUAAUUUUGAAUCAAAUAAAACUAACCAAAAAAUAUUAAAAGCCAUUUAUUCGUUCACUUUCUCCGAUCGUAAAUUUGGUUCCAUAAACUACACAUCGAUUAUAUGGGUGGUUGUAAUUAAUUACCUUAGAAUUGAAUCUCAUUCGCAAAACACUUCAACCAGUUCAGAGAUUACAUCAACCAAAAAAUUCACCACAUAUAGAGCUAUUGAUUACCAUGUAUGGAUGAUGCUCUGUUAUAUGGACCCAUUCCCAAUAAUUUAUUUGUGAUUGAAGAUCUCUCUUACUGCGUAACUCAUAACGAAAAAACAACCACAAACUCCGAUCCUUAAAUAUCCCAAAGCUGGUUCCGUUAAAUUUAAUUAUAUAAUUACAAACUUACUCAUCCUUUUUUCUCCUCUGUUGUUUGUUAAAUCGAAGCGACCUUUUCAUAUCAUAUUAAUUUCUUUACAUGUUACUUUCCCUUUAUUUUCAUUUUGUAAAACAUUUCUAAAAUAAUGUAAUAUCUGGCUGUGAAACCUGUAAUACAAUUAAUUCACCCUAUAAA